CCGCAACACUUCCCUCUUCUCUCAUUCCAAACCGAAACCAAAAACCACCAUUGAAGACUUCCCUCUUCUCUCUCUCUACAAACAAAAGAAGAAGAGCAAAAUCGUUCUUAAUCAUAAUGGAGAAUUUGUUUGGCCUGAUGGACCACGAGGGUUUCACAUCUCGCAGGUGCAUUUGGGUCAACGGACCGGUUAUCGUCGGAGCCGGACCGUCCGGUUUAGCGACGGCGGCUUGUCUCCGCGAGCAGAACGUCCCCUUCGUGGUGCUGGAGAGAGCAGAGUGCAUUGCCUCUCUCUGGCAAAAACGCACUUACGACCGGCUCAAGCUCCAUCUCCCCAAGCAAUUCUGUCAAUUGCCCAAAAUGCCCUUCCCCGCCGACUUCCCUGAGUACCCCACCAAGCGCCAGUUCAUCCAGUACCUUGAGUCCUACGCCAACCGCUUCGAGAUCAACCCUAAAUUCAACGAGUGCGUUCAGUCCGCCAGGUACGACGAGACCAGCGGCUUGUGGCGGGUCAAGACCGUGUCGACCUCCGAGUCCGCCAGGAACGAGGUCGAGUACAUUUGCCGGUGGCUCGUGGUCGCCACAGGAGAGAAUGCCGAGCGUGUUGUGCCCGAGAUCGACGGAUUGAACGAAUUCUCCGGCGAGGUGAUCCACGCCUGCGAUUACAAGUCCGGCGAGAAGUUCGCCGGAAAGAGAGUGCUGGUCGUCGGAUGCGGAAACUCCGGCAUGGAAGUGUCUCUCGACCUCGCAAACCACUUCGCUGUUCCCUCCAUGGUCGUUCGUAGCUCGGUUCACGUGUUACCCAGGGAGAUCAUGGGGAAAUCAACGUUCCAGCUCGCGAUGAUGAUGAUGAAAUGGCUUCCUCUGUGGCUCGUAGACAAGCUCUUGUUAAUCUUGACAUGGUUUGUGCUCGGGAACAUCGAGAAUUAUGGUCUGAAAAGGCCUGAGAUUGGUCCGAUGGAGCUGAAGAACUUGAAAGGCAAAACUCCAGUGCUCGACAUCGGAGCUCUGGAGAAGAUCAGAUCAGGGGAGAUCAAUGUGGUUCCAGGGAUCAAACGGUUCAGCCGAAACCAAGUUGAGCUCAUCAGUGGAGACAAACUCGGCAUCGACUCAGUGGUUCUCGCCACUGGAUACCGCAGCAACGUCCCGUCUUGGCUUCAGGAAAGCGGGUUCUUUUCGAAGAAUGGGUUUCCCAAAACGCAGGUUCCGAACUGCUGGAAAGGGGAGAGGGGACUGUACGCGGUGGGAUUCACGAGGAGAGGGCUCUCAGGCGCGUCUGCAGACGCUGUCAGAAUCGCACAAGACAUUGGCUCUGUCUGGAAACUCGAAACCAAACAGCCCCAGAAACGCACCACGGCUUGUCACCGCCGCUGCAUUUCUCAGCAAUUCUAAUUUCAUUAUUAAAAGAAAAAGGAAAUAGAAAGAGAUAGGAUUAGGACAGAGACAGAGACAGAGAGCCCUCUCCUGCCUGAAGACCCAAACUGAAACUCUUGUGUGUGCGUGUGUUUAUGUUUUUUCUGUAACCUCCUCCACUUGCUUUGGGCGUUUUGUUAAACCUGGGGGAUGAUGAGGCUUUUUCUUUUUUCUUUUUAAAAUUUUAGGCUUUAUAUUAAAUUUGUUCUUUUGUAGUUAUUUGUUUCAUCAAAUCAAAAUGCAUACGCUCUUGCUUCCUUGAAUGUAAUCUCAAAUUCGCAGAUGAAUACACACAAUGUAAUCAA